UUUGAAUUUCUCUCUAAAAUGUGCUAAAGUCCAGACGUAAGACUUUUUCUGCAACAAAUUAUUUGACAUUCCACAUUUAACAUUCUUUCAGAUCUACAUAUUUCUUAAUACUUUUAAAAUACAAAGAAACAGAAAGAAAUCAUCUGUUAAAUGAAUAAAAUCCAGAUAUUUGCCAAAUUGCGUACUUCCCUUUUGUCAUCCGGCUUUAAGUGAGUCACUGUAGAAUAUCUGAUCAACGUUUCAUGGGAGGUGCUCAGCUCUCAUAUUUAGGUUGUAGCAACAAAAAAGUCACAUAUCAAUAAGAACUCCCCCUUAGUUUAUUACAUGAUGGACAGACUGUACAUGGAGAUGGUGAUCAACCAACCAAUUCAUUCUCAAAACCCAGUUCUGGCUGGAUGGCUUGUUUAAGAUUCUAUUUGAAAAACUAAUCACAUAAAAUAAUCACUAAAUGAGAAAAGAAAACACACACACACACACUCACACACACACAGACGGACUCAAAUAAGACUCACUCGUGGCUAUAAAGUGCAGCAGGCCCGCAGCCAGUGAGCCCCCGGCUCCGUGCAGGACGGCUUCUCUGGCACACGGAGUGUUCUGGACAUCUAGAAUCCCCAGCAGCCUGAAACCCUGAAGCCCAGACAAGACAAAGAGACAGAAGCAGACUGAUGGAAGUAGUUUGUUGAAAUCCAGUGCUGUUUGGUGAAUAAUCUGCAAGCCGAAUUUUCCCACAAGAAUGUUUUAGAAACUGGUAACCAGGGUUGACAUCCAAUAUGAACAUGUUUUUCCCUGGACACCAGCGUCCUCGGUGCCGUAUAAAGACUGAAGAGGACACUCGGCUCAGCACACAGCUGGAGACGCAAGAGAGGAUCAUGGCUGUACAGGUCAGGAGAGCGACGUUCCCCUUGAUGUUGAGUUUGUUUUUGGGAGCCUCAUCUUACAUUUGGCCCCUGGCUCCUGCAGCGUCCUUCCAGCUGCCGCCCUGCCAGCUCAUUAACCAGACGGUGUCUCUGGAAAAGGAAGGCUGUCCCAAGUGUCACCAAGUGGAAACAACCAUCUGCAGUGGUCACUGCAUCACCAAGGACCCGGUCAUCAAGUUACCGUUCAACUACGUGUACCAGCACGUGUGCACGUACCAGGACUUACACUACAAGACAUUUGAGCUUCCUGACUGUCCUUCCGGCGUGGACCCGACCGUCACCUACCCCGUGGCUUUGAGCUGCCACUGCGGCCGCUGCACCAUGGACACAUCUGACUGCACCUUCGAGAGCCUGCAGCCCAACUUCUGCAUGAAUGACGUACCCUUCUACUACUAGUCUCACGUGCAGCAAUAGCAGCAUAAAGACGAAGCUGUGUAAAUAAAGAUUGUUUCAUUUAUCAA